CUGCUCACACGGUGCACCUCCAGUACUCUGCUUGUGCUGCGAGGAGAAGACUCAUCUCUGCUGUAUGGAUAUCUACAAAGAAGCAGUGUUUUAUCUGGACUCACAUCGUGUUCCAGUGGAAGAAGAGGUGGAUGUUUUGGAGGAGGAUGUUUUCCAGGAGGAGGCAGUGUCUUCUUUUCUCUCACCUUUAAACACUGAGAGCAUAGACUUCCCGGACACUCCAACGCUAUGCAGCCCAGAGGAAAUGUUGGAGAAAAGGCUUGUGGUCCUGAAAGGUAUCCUUGAGAGUGAGGAGGUUUAUCUCAGAGAGCUGGACACCUUGCUGAUGCCCAUGAAGGCUCUACGUGCCUCGGCUGGAACUUCUCAGCCAGUGCUAUCCAGUCCACAGGUCCAGACUGUUUUCUACCAGGUGCCUGAGAUUAGAGAUGUUCACCAAAGCUUCUAUUCAGACCUGAAGGACCGUCUAAGCACUCACUCUCAGACAGAGCUCAGUUCUGAUGAGGAAACAGGAAUGAGAUACAGACACUUUGAGCUUGAGGUGGGGGACCUUUUUCUGAAAAUGGUAAACCACAUCAGCCUUUAUGGAGGUUUUAUUGAGAACUACGAGAAAGCUGUUGAAGUUGUGAAGAAGUGCACGCACUCUGAUUCUCGCUUUCGAACUCUUGCAGAGAGCAUGAUGUCUAACAAUGGUGCAGACAAAACUCGGACUAAAUACACAUUUGAAGCUCUACUGUACAAACCUUUGGAUAGAGUAACCAAGACCACAUUAGUGCUGCAUGACCUCCUGAAGACAACACCAGAGGAGCACAGGGAUUAUGGAGCCUUAAAGGAAGCUCUGAGACUGUCUCGCAGCUUCCUGUCUGGUGUCAACGAGAGUUUACAUGGUAAACGAGAGGUCACGCUUAGUCACGGCAUGAGGCGUCAGCUGAUGCGUGAUGGCUUUGUGGUGAAUGCAAGCGAUGGUGAACGCAGCCUGCGUCACCUCUUCCUUUACACCGACCUCCUGCUGUGCACAAGAUUCAAACAUGCAACCAAAGGGAAGCAGGAUCAGUACAGGUUCUGCUGGUAUCUGCCUCUGGCAGGUCUCAGGCUUCACUGGGUUGCAGACCAAGAACGACAGCAUGACACAAACGUCCGCUUACACACUAUAAGAACAAAAAUGCACCUCCUACGACAGCAGCUACAGCAGCAUGCGAAGGGUUCAAGAGGUCUGGCUUUGGCAGCUCGCAGCAAGAAGAAACUGGAACAAAUGGAGCUAAUGCUGCUCAUACAUUCUCCUGUUUACAGGCUGGAGCUGCACAGUCCCAGUGGCAAGAGUCACAAUCUCCUCUUCUCCUCCCUGUAUGAACUGGAAGAAUGGAGAGAAGCCAUCCACAAACUCACCACAGACAACCUUGAAACUGUUCCUCCAGACCUUCUCACUCUCACUAGUGCAUGUGUGAAACUGAGAAUGACCCAGCAGCCACCUCUUCACAGCUCCUAUGCUGGAGGGGAAGUGGAGUCAUUAUGUGGGACUUUGAGUGUGGCGAUCCAUUCAGCGUCUGGCCUACAGCAACCAGCUUGUGUGUAUAUAUGUGUGGAAGUGGAUGGCUAUGAGUUUUACGAUAAACAGACCCAGACUCACUCUUCAGUCCAAGGCCUCAACCCACACUGGGACCAGGAGCUGUCUUUCCAGGUGGACGGCGCACAGAGCAUGAAGGUCCUGUGUGUGAGUCAGUCAGAUACAGAGGAAGACACUGUUCUGGGAAAAACUACUGUAAAGCUUGAGUCUAAAACUCUGAGUAAGCGGUGGAGGAGACAGACGCUACAGCUCGGCCAGGUGGAGGUGAUACUAUCCCUGAAGUACUGCUCCCACCCGCUCGAGCCACCGAGCUCCACAGCUCAACACCUUCCUGUCUUCUGUGUCUCCAUUCAAACAGUGGCACAACAGGAGGGACUGCUGGUUCCUCAUGUGGUGCGAUGCUGCGUAGAAGAAGUGGAGAGGAGAGGCUUGGAUGAGGUGGGAAUCUACAGGAUCUCAGGGACUGCCAGCGACAUAAGCGCGCUCAAAGCUGCGUUCAACAGCAACCUGCGGGAAGCAGUAACCAGACUGAGAAGUGCAGAAGUCAAUGUCGUGUCUGGUGUUCUCAAACUUUACUUCAGAGAGCUGCCUGAGCCUCUCAUACCCACUGAGCUGUUUCAGAAACUGGCGAGCACUCUGGACAUCCAGGACUUAAACUCACGGCUCGUCUCCAUGUUGACUCUGCUGCAGUCCUGUCCUGAUGCCAACCGCCACACCUUCAUCUACCUUCUGCAUCACCUCCAACGAGUUGCACAGAGGCAGGAUGUUAAUAAGAUGUCUCAGCUAAACCUGGCUACAGUGUUUGGGCCCAGCCUCUUACGCCCCCCUGUGGCUGGAGUUGGGCACAGCAGGCCCAGUGUGGACAUCUCUCAGGAGGUGGUGAUACAGGUCCAAGUAGUUUUCUGCUACCUGCAGUGUAACAACCUCCCUGAAGCCAAGACCUCUCUGCCACAUGACACAGAUGCUGAAGAUGAGACCACCCACUUGUGAGACCACCAUCUGUGAGAUGGCUGGCAGGAGAUUUAAAUAGAAAAAGUCAAGACAUCUGAGUAGAGAGUGUAAGACAAUAAAGAUAUUUUUUGAUAAGAAAAAUUUGGACUCUGAGUUUUUAGCACAUUUGAGGGCAAUCUUUUCACAUUUUCUGCAUUAUCUGGUUAUCAGACAUCAUAAUAACAUCACUCUGUUUUAUAUGUCUCAUAAAAUAUCAGCUACAAAUGUUGAGCUAUGAAUAUAUGUUAUAGAUGCAUGAAAU